UGACGUCACUGCCCGGGGUUUCCAUCGCCACUGGCUCCGGUUUGAGUGUAAGAGCUCGCGACGGCGUCAUGGCGGAGGCCGGCUGUUGUAGCACUCACGGCUGAAAUGCCUUCUAGCUUCUCUGGGUCUUCACUCUUACGGAAUACAAAGAAAUUUCAAACGCAGACGUUAUUUCGGAAGUCGGGAAACUGGGACUUAAAAAAAAAAACAACAACAUUUCCUCCGUAAGAAAAAAGUUGGACUGUUUUGGACCUGCACUCUAUCACACUCACACAGGGAGCUAGUUAGCUUAGCCGCGGUUAGCCGCUAAUGCUAACUGGGUGAGGGGAAAACAAGAAAAGGACACAGCGAGAGUUUCGGCUACGGAGCCGACUGGCGCCUGCUGGAGCCAGGUGAGCACCACUGUACAAAGCUGGAGCUUUGGGAUAUUUGAGGACCUGGGCAGGCCAACUAGCAAACAUAGGUAGUUUUGGAGACCUGUAUAUUUAAACCACAGCCAUGGAUGGCCGCAGUGAAGAUGAAAGUGUGAGCAACAGCAGUGGCGAUUCCAGUAACUCGGACGAUGAGUCUGGGUCUGGGUCUGGUUCAGGCUCUGGUUCCAGCUCUAGCAGCAGCAGCUCCAGUAGCAGUCAGUCAGGGAGCAGUGGCUCAGGAAGUGGCUCAGACUCAGGCAGCCAAUCCGAUUCUGACUCUGAAAAGUCAAAGGGGAAAAAUGGUCAAAAUAACUCUGGCAAGAUUGAUUCAGCAGAAUUUUGGAAGUCUAAUCCCAGUAUUCUAGCAGUGCAGAGGUCAGCUAUGCUCAGGAAACAGCAGCAGCAACAGCAACAGAGCUCCUCAAACAGUGACUCAGAUGAGGAAUCCUCCAGUAGUGAUGACUCAGAUGACGAUUCUUCAAGGAAGCGAAAGAGUAAAGGGACUGAUUCGGACUCCGAUUCUGGGUCUGGCUCAGGAUCUGGUUCAGGGAGUGACUCGUCCAAUUCUUCAGCUGAGGAAGAAGCAGAGAACAGUGAAGAGUCUGUUUCAGACUAUGAGCCUAGCCACAAAGUUAAAAGCAGAAAGCCACCUAACAAGACAAAUGCCAGAAAUGGAAAAAAGAGCAAGGUUUUUAAAAAAAAGCCCUCUGCCUCUUCGUCAGACGACGAUGACGACUAUAAAAAAGCUCUGGCUGGUCCUCGGAGGCAGGCUACAGUGAAUGUCAGCUAUAAAGAGGAUGAAGAACUGAAAACAGACUCUGAUGACUUGGUGGAGGUGUGUGGUGAGGAUGUCCCACCACCUGAGGAGGAUGAGUUUGAGACCCUGGAAAGAGUGAUGGGCAUGAGAAUAGGACGAAAAGGAGCCACUGGGGCCACCACCACAGUCUAUGCGGUUGAGGCUGACGGAGACCCUAAUGCCAACUUCAACCCGAACAAGCAGCCAGGAGACGUGCAGUACCUGAUCAAAUGGAAAGGCUGGUCACACAUUCACAACACCUGGGAGACAGAGGACACUUUGAAGCAGCAGAAUGUAAAGGGCAUGAAGAAACUGGACAACUUUAAAAAGAAGGAGCAGGAAAGGAAGAAAUGGCUCAAAGCAGCAUCACCUGAGGAUAUAGAAUACUUAAACUGCCAGCAGGAACUUAUGGAUGACCUGCAUUCACAGUAUCAGCUUGUGGAGAGAAUUAUUGGCCAUUCAAAUCAGAAGUCAGCAGCAGGCUACCCAGACUACUUAUGCAAAUGGCAAGGGCUUCCAUAUUCAGAAUGCAGCUGGGAAGAUGGGGCACUUAUUGCUAGAAAGUUCCAGAAGUGCAUAGAUGCCUACAUGAGCCGGAACCAGUCCAAAUCGAUCCCAUUCAGGGACUGCAAGGUUUUAAAGCAGAGGCCGCGGUUUGUGCCUAUGAAGAAACAGCCUCAUUAUAUUGGCGGGGAAGGACUUGAGCUUCGAGACUACCAGCUCGACGGCUUGAACUGGAUGGCGCAUUCGUGGUGCAAGAGUAACAGUUGUAUCCUAGCAGAUGAGAUGGGACUUGGAAAGACUAUUCAGACCAUUUCCUUUCUGAACUAUCUGUUCCAUGAGCACCAGCUCUAUGGACCGUUCCUACUGGUGGUACCAUUGUCUACACUCACUUCCUGGCAGAGGGAAAUCCAUCUCUGGGCCCCACAGAUGAAUGUGGUUGUCUACCUGGGUGACAUCAGCAGUAGGAACAUGAUCAGAACACAUGAGUGGAUGCAUGUCCAGAACAAGCGGCUAAAGUUAAACAUCCUUCUCACUACAUAUGAAAUCCUCCUGAAAGAUAAGUCAUUUCUGGGGAACGUGAAUUGGGCAUUCAUUGGUGUGGACGAGGCCCACAGGUUAAAAAAUGAUGAUUCCCUUUUGUAUAAGACCAUGAUUGAGUUUAAGUCCAACCACCGGCUCCUUAUCACAGGAACACCUCUGCAGAAUUCCCUCAAAGAGCUAUGGUCACUCCUUCACUUCAUCAUGCCUGAGAAGUUUCACUCAUGGGAGCGGUUUGAAGAAGAGCAUGGUAAAGGCAGGGACUCGGGCUAUACUAGCUUACAUAAGGAGCUGGAGCCUUUCCUGCUCCGGAGGGUAAAAAAGGAUGUGGAGAAGUCACUACCUGCCAAGGUGGAACAGAUCCUCAGAGUGGAGAUGAGUGCCAUCCAGAAACAAUACUACAAGUGGAUCUUGACUAGAAACUACAAGGCACUCAGCAAAGGCACGAAAGGAAGCACGUCUGGUUUCCUCAACGUUAUGAUGGAGCUGAAGAAGUGCUGUAACCACUGCUACCUCAUCAAACCGCCAGAGGACAAUGAUUUCCACAACAAAGCAGAGGCCUUGCAGCACCUAAUCCGCAGUAGCGGGAAGCUGAUACUUUUGGACAAGCUUCUUCUACGGCUGAAGGAGCGUGGCCACCGUGUGCUCAUCUUCUCCCAGAUGGUUCGGAUGCUGGACAUCCUUGCAGAAUACCUGAAGAGCCGCCAGUUCUUAUUCCAGAGGUUGGAUGGCUCCAUCAAAGGCGAGAUGAGAAAGCAGGCAUUGGAUCAUUUCAAUGCAGAAGGAUCUGAGGAUUUCUGUUUCUUGUUGUCCACACGAGCAGGUGGCCUGGGCAUUAACUUGGCUUCUGCAGAUACUGUGGUCAUUUUUGAUUCAGACUGGAACCCCCAGAAUGACCUGCAGGCUCAGGCUAGAGCUCACAGGAUCGGGCAGAAGAGACAGGUGAACAUUUAUCGUUUGGUGACUAAGGGGUCUGUGGAAGAAGACAUCAUUGAACGAGCCAAGAAGAAGAUGGUGCUGGACCACCUCGUAAUUCAGAGGAUGGACACUACAGGGAAAACAGUCCUUCAUACCGGUGCUGCUCCUUCCAGCAGUUCUACCCCUUUCAAUAAAGAGGAGUUAUCUGCUAUUUUAAAGUUUGGUGCUGAAGAACUUUUUAAGGAGCCAGAAGGAGAAGAACAAGAGCCACAGGAGAUGGAUAUUGAUGAAAUUCUGAAGAGAGCAGAGACCAGGGAAAAUGAUCCUGGGCCAUCUACUGUAGGAGAAGAGCUGCUUUCACAGUUCAAGGUGGCGAAUUUUUCCAUGAUGGAGGAGGAAGAUAUGGAUAUGGAUGGAGAUGGCAAACAAAAGAAUUGGGAUUCAAUCAUUCCUGAAGAGCAGCGCAGGAGACUGGAGGAAGAGGAGAGGCAGAAGGAGCUAGCAGAGAUCUACAUGCUGCCUCGCAUGAGAAACUGUGCCAAACAGAUAAGCUUUAACGGUAAUGAGGGCAGGCGAAGUCGGAACCGAAGAUAUUCUGGCUCGGAAAGUGACUCCGCAUCAGACCGAAAGAGGCCCAAGAAGCGAGGCAGGCCACGAACUAUUCCUCGAGAGAAUAUCAAAGGCUUCACUGAUGCUGAAAUACGAAGGUUUAUCAAGAGUUACAAGAAAUUUGGUGGUCCUUUAGAAAGACUGGACGCUAUUGCCAGGGACGCUGAGCUGGUGGAUAAAUCAGAGCAUGACCUGAGGCGGCUAGCAGAGACCGUACACAAUGGCUGUAUUAAAACCCUGAGGGAAAAUCCAUGUGGCCCAGAAAAAACCUCAGGAGGCAGGCGAGGGAAGGUGAAGGGACCUACCUUUAGGAUCUCAGGUGUUCAAGUCAAUGCUAAGCUUGUAAUCUCACAUGAGGAGGAACUGGCCCCUUUGCACAAAGCCAUUCCUGCUGACCCAGAGGAAAGAAAGAGGUAUAUGCUUCCAUGCCAUGCAAAGGCAGCUCAUUUUGAUGUUGACUGGGGAAAAGAAAAUGACUCCAGCCUUCUUAUUGGGAUUUAUGAGUAUGGAUAUGGGAGCUGGGAAAUGAUUAAGAUGGACCCAGACCUUAACCUCACUCACAAGCUUUUACCAGACGACCCUGAUAAGAAACCACAGGCCAAACAGCUCCAGACGCGAGCCGACUACCUCAUCAAAUUACUCAGCAAGGACCUGGCCAAAAAGGAGGCCCAGAGGCAAAUGGGCAUGGCUAAUUCCCGAAAGAGGAAGCCACGAGGAAAGAAGAACAAAACUGUGAAACCGAAGGUGGAAGAAGUUGUCAACAGUCUGUCCUCUGCUCCGCCCUCAGAGAAGAGUUCAGAAGAUGAUGAUGACAAGGAAGAUGAAAAGGAAUCUCCACCCAUCAAGCCACCACCAAACAGAAGGGGACGAGCUUCUGAACGUGUGGUAAAGGAAGAAGAUGAGGAGGAGGAGGAGGAUGACGAUGAAGAAGAUGAGGAGGAGGAAGAGGAGGAAGAAGAGGAGGAGGAGCCAGAGACAGAACCCCAUGUCAAAGAGCCAGAGGAAAAGGAGAUAAAAGAGAGAGAGAUUAAAAAAGAGAAGAAGGAGGACAGUCGGGACAGCAAAGAGAAAAAGGAGCCCAAAGAGAAAAAGGAAAGCAAGCCUGUGGAACACAAAGUGGAGGAAUCCUUUACAGAGAAGGCUCCAGAGAUAAAAGCUGAAGUUCGGGAAAAGAACAAAAAGGCAGACACACCCAUCCAUAUAACUGCUGGAGGGGAGACUGUUCCAAUUACUGAGGAGUCUGAGGAGCUUGACCAGAAGACCUUCAGCGUGUGUAAGGAGCGAAUGCGCCCAGUGAAGGCAGCUUUGAAGCAGUUAGAUCGUCCUGAGAAAGGCCUUUCUGAACGCGAGCAGCUAGAGCAUACUCGGCAGUGCCUGAUAAAAAUUGGAGACCACAUCACAGACUGUCUAAAAGAGUAUACCAACCUCGAACACAUCAAGCAGUGGAGAAGAAAUCUUUGGAUAUUUGUUUCCAAAUUUACGGAGUUUGAUGCUAGAAAACUGCAUAAACUAUAUAAGCAUGCGAUCAAGAAAAGGCAAGAAAAUGCCCAGAUGGUGGACCAAAACACUAGCAUUGUAAAUACACAAGCCUUUAGACACACAGACAUUGAGAGGUUAAAGGAUUCUCAGCAGGACGAGAGCAGUAGAGACAGCUACAGUUCAGACAGGCACCACUCAAGCUCACGUAGCCAUGACCAGAGUAAAGAGCGCCACUCCGGCGAUUCGUACAGGAAAAGCUCAGACUCCAGGAAAAGACCAUACUCCUCCUUCAGCAAUGGCAAAGACCACAGAGAGCGAGACCACUACAGAGAGCGCCAGGACAACAGAUACUACAGCGACAGCAAGCAUAGGAAGCUAGAUGAUCACCGUUCUAGUCGAGACAACUGGUCAGACAGCAACAAUAAGGAGCGUGUACAUUCUGAGCACCGAUCCAGCUCUGAGCACCGAUCCAGCUCUGAGCACCGAUCCAGCGCUGAGCACCGAUCCAGCGCUGAGCACCGAUCCAGCGCUGAGCACCGAUCCAGCGCUGAGCACCGAUCCAGCGCUGACUACAGCCACCACAAGUCCUCUCGUGACUACCGAUAUCACUCAGAAUGGCAAAUGGAGCAGCGGCCAUCGGGUAGUGGGCCACGUUCACCUAGAGACCAGAGGUCACCCUAUGACUCCCGAUCGCCCAUGGGCCACCGGUCGCCUUUUGAGUACUCUUCUGAGCACAAGAGCACACCUGAGCAGGUCUGGAGCAGUCGUAGGACGUAGCGCUCAAUCAGCCAUAGAUACACAAAUGCAGGAAAUGCCUUAUGGUACUUUUGGCCGCUGUACUGCGCAUCUGAGCUUCUCUCUGAGGUCUGGUGCACUCCUCUUCUCCAGGCUAAGUUUGAAUAACUGGGGAUUGAAAACAAAUUACAUAUUUUUGUAUUUAAUUAGUACUGCUGCACCGUUUCUUAGGUGCAGUAGUGAGGUUUAAUUUUUAAUUAUUUUUAUAAAGUGACUACUUUUUUUUUUUUUUCCCUUUUUUUUCCGUGGGGGUAAAAGAAUCCUAAACGCUUGUGUUCCACCACCAUCCGCGACACUGGAUCCUGGCAUUGACUUACCACAUUUUUAAUGCAGCUCUUGACUUUAAACGGAAGUGUUUGAACAGAGGAAACUAGCAUAAUGUACUGUUUUGAUGCUGGGCAAAAAGUUUAAGGGUUUCUCUUCUGAGCAGCCUGAAGGACUGGGGUUCACCUUUCAAAGUACCUCGUUUACAUUUUUUUUUUUUCUUUUUCCAUGUGACCACCAUGCCGUCUUUUUGUUUAUCUUUGCAUCAUGCUUGAAUUAUUUAAUUCUCAGCUGUAACAUAAUCUGGAUUCUGUUUGCAAGCAUCUGAAAAUGUCAUUUUCGUAAAAUUGUACUACUGUAAAUUAUUGUAUAAAAGUAAAUUGAACGGGCUUUUUCUUCUCAGGCUUUUUCUUUAAACUAGUCUGUUCCUUUCCCCACCAACUCAGGCUUUUUUGUCAGUUGUAUUGAUUUAAUGUCCUUAGGACAAAUUAUGUAAAUGUUAUUUACAGUGUAAUUUGGGGAAAGGAGUAACUAAUCUAUUUGUGUAUUCCUGUGAACAGACUUCCUUCAAUCCCAGUUUUUUUGUUUGUUUGUGUUUUCAAAUUCACACACUUGUCCAAGUUGUUCAGCAAAAAAAAAAAAGCCUCACUGAAAUGGCAACAUCAUGUCAGGAAAAACUGUGAGGGGGUGAUUAAAGUUAGAGGCACUUAUGUGAACUUGAAAUAGUUUUCUUUUUCUAUGAAUUUUCAUCUUUCUCAUUUUUUUUUAACUUGCAUUAAAUGUAGGCAAUAAUGUAAAAUCUUCUAUGCAGCCCAAGUGUAUUUCUGGUGAACGGCCCAAUCGAGUCAAAAUGCUGUUACAGUACACACUGUAUAUAGAUCUGCUCUAUAUUUCAAAUCAAAUUUACACUGAAAAUGCAUGGAUUUUUUUAAAAGAAUAAUUGUUUUAUAUAAUUGUUUAUAAAGUCAUUAAACUCGAAUCACUGUUUUCACCUGUA